CGGUUAAAAAAUAUCUAUUCCGCCGUGAAAAAACGAUCAUAUUUCAAUACCAAAAUAUUUUCUUACUACAUAAAUAAAUAAAAAAAAGGUAAAUAAAAAACACACAUGAAAGAAUCAAAAAGAAAUUUAGUUUUUGUUUGAUUGGUUCUUCUCGCCAUAAAGGAAAUAAAAAUAAAAUUUUAAAGUCAGGUAAUACUGGUUUUUAACAUGUUGGUUAAAUAUAUAACAAAAUGGAAGAAUCAGUUGAUCGUUUAGUUUAUGAGUGCGAGUCAUAUUAUAGUUUAGCUUUUAAAAAAAUGGCAGAGUUUCGCAAUCGUGAAGAGUUUACAGAUAUAAUUUUGGUAGCUGGAUGCAAAAAAAUUCCAGCUCACAAAGUAAUUAUAUCUUCAUUAUGCAGUUAUUUUAGUGCAAUGUUUAGAAAUGAGCUCUCUGAGAGUCAGCAGCAAGUUGUAACAAUUAAUAAUGUUGAUCCUGAUGCUUUAGAAGCGCUGAUAAACUAUGCUUAUACAAGUAAAAUAGAAAUUCGUGUUGACAAUGUUGAAAAUAUACUAGCAUCUGCUUGCUUGUUACAAGUAACUGAUGUGCGGGAUGCAUGCUGUACAUUUAUGAAAAGUCAGUUGCAUCCAUCUAAUUGUUUAGGUAUAAGAGCCUUUGCAGAUGCACAUGCUUGUGAGCAAUUGUUUGAUAUUGCCAACAGUUAUGUAAAAGAUAAUUUUGGUGAUGUGGCACGAAACCAAGAGUUUUUGUUGCUAAAUAGUGAGCAACUUGUUGAGAUUCUUCAAAGCGAUGAGCUAAAUGUGUUGAAAGAAGAUGAUGUGUUUCAUGCUUUGUCUUUAUGGGUCAAUCAUAAUCCAGACAGUCGAAAAAAUCAACUGCAUAAAGUUUUGCCAGCUGUUCGAUUGGCAUUACUUUCACCUCAAUUUUUAAUUGAUGAGAUUGAACCUAUGAUUCAAUGUGAUGAAAAAUGUAAAGAUUUGUUUAUAGAAACGAUGAAACAUCAUUUACUUCCAGAUCGUUCAUCCAGAAAUAGUAUGCUAUCUGUUAAGGCAAGGAAAGGUACAAUAGGUGUGAUAUAUGCUGUUGGAGGUAUUGAUGAAGUUAAAGGAGCUGCUACUGGAAUUGAAGAAUAUAAUCCUCGUAAAAAUGUUUGGUCACUAGCUGCUUCCAUGGAAACUAAAAGAUUACAGUUUGGUGUUGCUGUUGUUAGCAAUAAGCUUUAUGUAAUUGGUGGGCGAGAUGGUCUUAUGACAUUGAAUAACGUUGAACGUUUUGACCCAAAAAGUAAUAAAUGGGAGACAAUGACAUCAAUGUUGACUCAUCGACAUGGAUUGGGAGUAGCAGUUUUAUGUGGGCCUUUGUAUGCUGUUGGUGGACAUGAUGGGUGGUCAUAUUUAAACACUGUUGAAAGAUUUGAUCCUCAAACUUCCAAAUGGUGUUUUGUUAAGGAAAUGAACACUCCUAGAAGCACUGUAGGUGUUGCUGUUUUAGACAAUAAACUUUAUGCUGUUGGAGGAAGAGAUGGUUCUUCGUGCUUGAAUUCUGUAGAAGUCUAUGAUCCGCAUACUGAUAAGUGGAAAAUAGCUGCACCAAUGGUUAAAAGACGAGGAGGAGUUGGCGUUGCUGUUCUGAGAGGUUUUUUAUAUGCUGCAGGAGGUCAUGACGCUCCUGCCAGUUGUGAAUCUUCAAAACAGUUUUCAUCAGUUGAGCGAUAUGAUCCUCGAAGUGAUCAAUGGAGUUUGAUUGCAUCUAUGAAUAAUUGUAGAGAUGCUGUUGGAAUGACUGCAUUAGGAGAUCAUCUCUAUUCUGUUGGGGGUUACGAUGGACAAGCAUACCUUGAUGCCGUUGAAUCUUACGAUCCAGACUCUAACAAAUGGGUAGAUGUUGGAAAACUUGCUCAUCCACGUGCUGGCGCAUGCGUAGUAGCCCUCAAGUUUAAUUGAUAUGUAUAUUUAUUAAAAUGGGUUUCCAUAAAGUACGUAUGCAGGUAUGAAGGAGGGAGGCGAUUACUCAAAAACGUACGAACUUGUACAAUGGAGGGAGAAGGGGAGGGGAGGUUUAAGACUGGUU